AUGACGGGGACAUUUCGAAGUUCUGAAUGUUUACGCUGUGCAGAUGUGGGGACGUUUAAAAAUGAUAUGUGCUCUGCUUGUGAGGGUGUGCCAAAUCUUCCAUCUUUCAAGAAACGCCAAUUAUUGUGAAGUGAAAGAAUUGGUUCUGAUGGUAAGAGAAACAACUCCACAAUUAGAAACGACUUCCUUUCCACAUUUGAGAUGCAACAGAAAUUAAAAGAACAGAAGGAAAAGCUGGACGAUAAAGAAUCUCAGUUGUUUUUUCUCAAGUCCAAGAAUUUAAAGCCGAGAAUGCGAAAGCGUUCUCUCGAUGAAAAAUUGGCCGAGUUCGCAAGACGUGGCUCGAUGAAAGCCAUUUGCCACAAUCUGGAUAAGGCAGCGCAAAACGGUUAUUUGAAGGAUAGAAACACCCUGGUCGGUGUACUGCAAACUGUUGCAAGAAAAUUUCAUGUUGGAAAGAACGGGGGCCGUUAUCAGUCUUCUUUUAAGCUGUUUCUGGAGGUUCUGCUACGUUGGGGCGGACCAAGAUCGAAUUGCGACAUUUGUAGCUAUCAACCUUUGUGGGCCAGAAAUUCACUCCAUCUAUCGCUGGCGAAACCAACAUUCUAG